GCUCGUCCGAGUAUUACGCCUUGAUCAAUUUCGACAUGUCUUUGAGAUCUUUGUCCAGUCGUGCAUUGGCCUACGGCAAGUUGCCAACAAUCAAAGCAUGCACUCGUUCAACACCAGCUUUUAUCCCGGCGUUUAAGCAAAUCCAUACAUCCAUGCCCCAUUCUCGAAAAGCAAGCGACGACGACACGCAUGAGAAGCCAUAUUCAACUCCUGUCUUCAAUCAAACGUAUCCUGCAGAAGCUCCAACCUCAGACACCAUUGUCCCUGUCUCCAUGCUGGAUGCCUUUAACAACAUGUUUGAUCGAGGACCGAAUGUUGGUGUUGAAAUCAUCACAAAGAAUGGCUUCGUUUUGUCCAACAACGUUCGUGUCGAUGGCCCAAUCAUCCUCCUGAACGGAACUGCUUUCAUGUGGAAUGUUCCAGCGGGUGCAAAGUCGCCAUUUGAGAACUGGACUGAAGAAAUGCUCAAGAUUUUCGAAGUAACCGCCCCAAAGCCAGAACUCAUCUUGUUUGGAACGGGUAAGAACUUUUAUCCCUUGCCGGAGAACCUUCGAACAUAUCUGUUCAAAUUGGGAAUCCAAGUCGAUCAAAUGAGCACAAAAAAUGCUGCAUCCACCUACAAUGUACUAGCUGAGGAAGGACGUCGUAUUGCAGCUGCUAUGUUGCCCAACACGCCCACGGAUGCAGUUUCCGGUAAAUCAAUAGUGUAGUUUACCUAUGGUAUAUUUUUAUUUUUUUGUUUGAGAUAGAUGACCGAGCAAAGCAUUCAUUUGAAGCGCUGUGAGGGCAGUGAGAUUAGCAUCCUGCAC